CAAUCAGGGAGGAAGUACAGGAAAACUGUGUUCGCUGGGCGAAGAAACUGAACUUUGUCUGUAAAAUGAGUGCCAACCCUGCCACUGGCGUGCUGGACCCCUGCAUCUGUAGAGUCUCCGUCCGGAAGGAACUGAAGGGUGGAAAAGCGUAUUCAAAGCUGGGCUUUGCUGACCUGAACCUGGCUGAGUUUGCAGGUUCUGGAUCCACAGUACGCUGCUGCCUUCUGGAAGGAUAUGACACACGAAAUACCAGACAGGACAACUCUAUCCUAAAGGUAACCAUUGGAAUGUCCCUCCUGUCUGGAGACCCCUGCUUCAAAACACCUCCAUCGACCGCCAAAUCUGUCUCUGCUCCUGGGCAGGAUUCCUCUUUGCAGAUGACCUGUAAGGGUGAGGGGACAGUGCCUUCUGCAGGCAGCACAAUGCGCCAGAACAAGAGUCGGCAAGCUUUGCUCAGUUCAGGGGUCUUUGAAGAAGCUGACCAAAAUCUCUCAAGCCCUGAAGAGACAUCCCAUUCAGGUCACUCGAGGAACUCCAGCCAGGCCAGCCAGCAAUCCAAAGUGUCCGGACACAGCUCCGAACACUCCCGCUGCUCCAGUAUGUCAGACUUGACUCACAGACGCAACACGUCCACCAGCAGCAGCGCCUCCGGGGGGAUCAGCAUUACGGCAGACUUACCUGAAGGAGAAAAGGAAACCAAACCAGAGAAGCCUCCAAGGCCAAUCAGACCACCCCUCCUAGACAGACAGUCCAGGAGAAAGAAAGACUCUGUGGAGAGUCACCCAACGUGGGUUGAUGAUACCAGAAUUGAUGCUGAUGACAUAGUGGAGAAGAUCAUGCAGAGUCAGGACUUCACAGACGUCAGUAACAAUGAAGACAGUCACCUGAGGCUGUUUGUCAGCAGAGACGGAUCAACCACACUCAGUGGAAUCCAGAUGGCUAACAGAGUCUCUGCUGGGGUGUUUGAGCCCGUAGUGAUUGAGAUUCAUUAA